AUGUUCAUAGAGAGAAAGAUCUUAGCUAUCCAGAUGACGUCCCAUAUCGUGGUGUCUGCCAUUGUCGUGUUGCUGUGUGUCGUGUGUCUAACAGAAGGUGCCAAGCCGACACGUCGUCGGCGCCAGGCUGCCGCUUCACAAUGGCCGGCCGCCCACGCCAUUCCUACUGGCGCAGCCAUGCCACCAACAUACCAGAGAUACGCCUUCGUUCCUGUGGACGCCUUAGGUAGACCCCAGAUGGUCUACCCAGCAAACCCGUUACUACCACCUCAACCUUAUCCCCCACAGGCUGUACCACAAUUCCUGCCCGCACCAGCCCCUCCACCCCCCAGGCCAAUCAUCCUCCCGGCCCCCGCCCCACCCCGACGAAUCAUCGUGAGGGCACCACCCCCAGUUACACCACAAGUUGUUGUUGUUCCGGCGCCGCCACGUAUCCUUUCUUGA